AUGUAUCCAAAGCAAAAGUACAGCAUCGUCGACGGUAGCUCCGGCUCGGACUCGCCCCGGGCCUCGCUUUCGCCGGAACGUGCCCAGGACUUUGCUGCUGCGCCGAGACUAUGUUCUGGCAAAGGACGGGACCGCAUUGGCCGAUUCCUCAGCUUCAACGCGCCGUGGUUCGUCAGCGCUUUACUGGCCUUGACGAACCUGCUGCUGCUUGUUGCCUUGCUCAAGCAAUAUGUGCCGCGCAGGCCUGCCCAGCAGUUUUCAUGGAUGCCACCUGAGAUCGAGACCACGUCGCUCUUUGAGCUCAAGCCCUUGUACGGAGAGGGUCUUAAUAAUGAGUCAGAGGCUGCAUGGAACGAGUUGAUGCCGGUCGGCCGCGGAUUCGUCGUCGUCAAAAAUCACACGGCCAUCCCAGACCAGCCCGGUCUUGACCAGUCCGUGUCGGAGCAAAAGGCCAUGGUAUCCGUCUUCCACCAGCUACACUGUCUGUACAUGACUCGGGAGGGAUACUACAGCGCUCUUGAGGGCCGCACCGACCAGGUCAGCCCGGCUCAUUUGCUGCACUGCUUUGACUAUCUCCGGCAGACCAUCAUGUGUUUUGGCGAUACCACGCUCGAGUGGCUUCCAGCGCCUCCGAGGGACAACGGAAGUACGGGGUGGGGGUUUGAGCAUAAGUGUCGUAACUUUGAUGCCAUUUCGCACUGGGUAGAGGACAACAGGCUGAAGACGACACAUGGGAUUCAUUAA